CUGAUAACUCACAAAAGUUCGUGGGUAAAAAAUUUUCAACAUAAAAAUUAGUAAAAUUGAUACAUUAUUGAUGUGUGACAGUGAAAUUAUUGAAUAUACCACAUUAAUUAAACAUAAUUACUUAAAAUAACAUUAAAAAAAGCUUCAAUUUUGUGUCUUUUAAUUAGAAAAUCAAGAUGGCCGAUUUUGUGGAUAAUUUAACUGAUGCCGAGCUACGUACUAAAUUAGCGGAAUAUGGUUUUCCCGUGGUGCCGAUAACAGCAACAACACGCAAAGUAAUGGCGAAAAAGUUAAAAUUGUUAAUUGAGAAUAAGAAGAAAAUUAAUUCGGAAGGUCGACGUUCGUUGGCGAAAUAUUCAUCAGAGGAAGAAAGUGAUACUGAUACAAAAAAUAGUGUAAUUAAAUCUAAAGAUAAGAGUCGUCGUGCAACUAUGGCUGUUGGUUCUAUGUUGCCACCUACAUCUUCGAAGUUAAAGAAAACUGAAACGAAAAGAAAUGUUACGCAGAAUAAUGAUACAAACAAUGUGGACGCGAAAUCUAAUUCGAAACGUGAAUCACCAGAAAUUUUAGAAACCACUACAACAACAACCACUCGUCGAUUAAUAAAAAAUCAGUAUGUUGAUGAUGAAGCUAACGAAUAUUCUGAUUCGGAUAUCGAAGUUGUUGAAACAAAAUCGUCAUCGCCAAUUAAUACAAAAACGUCAUCGCCAAUUAUUAAAAAAGGUUCCAGUAGUUCGGCGUCACCAUCUCCUCCUACUCGAUCAUCGAAAUAUACAUCAUUACCAACUGAAGAAGACGAACCUUUGGUUGAAGAAGAGCCUGAGCCUCAACCGACUACUAGGAGUACAUACUUUUCAUCGCUUAGUGGCUUAAAAACAGGUGGUUCGGAUCAUCCAGGAUUAUUUGGCAGAGCUUCUGGUUUACGGGCUUCGGGGUUACAUCAAUCGCCAAUUACAUCAAACUCUCGUUCUGAAUAUCUAUCAAAUAUCAGUAGCCGUAGUUCGUUAUCCAGUCCAACAUUGGACAAUUUAAAUCAAAUACGAUCCCGUUUAGGCUUAAGUACACCUUUAAGUGAACGAUCAACAGCAUAUGAUCGUAAAACUGUGUUUGGAACCUCCUCAGCAUCUGCUGCUGCAAGUGGAGUUACAAGCAGUUCUGAAACACCAUAUAUCAGUGACUUCACUAAGUGGUUGUCAUCAAAUAAAACUGACUCGAAACGUGGCACCAAUGAUUAUGAUUUGAAGAAAGAUAUAAUUAAAGAAAAUGAUGUUAACGGUGGUCAAUAUUCGAAGAGUUUUGCAUCACGAUAUGCCGAUCGUAAUUUAGAUUUAUCAAGAGAAUUUAAAAAAUCACAAGAAAAGAAUCUUUUUAGAAAUAAUGUUGUUUCUUUCACACUAGUUGGAAUUGUAUGUGUGUUUUUUCUUGCUCUUUCUUUUUUAUAUAUGGGCAUGAGAACUGAUCAUGUGCCACAAAUAGAUUUAGAAACUGAUAACUUGCCUUAUUGUGAAACAUUAUCAACAAUUCCAUCAUUACUAUUAAAGCCUGGUGUAAAUUGUAUUAAAAAGGAUAGCGUGGAACCGGCAAUAGCAUUACUAAAAACUAUACAACCAGAAUUACAACGACGUGCAAUUAAUUUUAAAUGUGAUGGAUCCAAAAGUGCCCCACAUAUGUUUGACCAUUGUGUUAUUGACUAUGUACAAAAAAUUAUGCCAGAUGUUAGUAAAGAUAAUAUUCGAACAGAUUUAUAUAAUCUACAUGUAAUUAUAUUAAGUAAACCGAAACUAGGUCUAUCGUUAAUUGAAGUAAAAAAUGUUUAUGAUUCAAAAUUCGAUGAACCAAUAAUUAAAGAUGCAGAAGUAUUGAGACGGCGUAGUGAAACUAAUUUAGCAAUUAUCAAAAGAAAUCCUGACUUACCGUUGCGUUGUUUAAUACAUUUACGUCUAUAUACAAUUGCUUGGUAUCUCCUUCUUGUUUCUGCAGCAUCAUUAUUAGUAUACGGUUUACAGUACAUUGUCAAAUAUUAUUUACGAUUAAAUCGUGAAAAAAAUAAGAAAAUUUAUGAAAUGGUUGAACAAAUUAUUGAUAUAUUAUCAAGAAAUGCAAGCGGAAACGAAAAUUAUUUAGCUGUUUCUCAUGUUCGUGAUAUGAUUAUUCCAGUUCAAGAUCGUAAAAAAUUGAAUUCAAUCUGGAAUGCUGCUGUAAAUUUUUUGGAGAAUAAUGAAUCUCGGGUUAGAUCUGAAGUACAAAUUGUUGCUGGAGAAGAAUAUCGUGUAUGGCGUUGGUUAGGCAAUGCAGCUUUAAAUUUAAGUGGAACACGUGGUAAAGUAUGGCAAGGUCAAGCUUUUGAUACAUCGCAAGAAGGUUCUGUCAAUAGUUUACCAGUUAGUCCAACUCAAUGUUUAAAAAUUCGACAAAUGUUUGAAAAAAAUGAUAUAACUGGAGGUAAUUGGUCACAAGUAAUAAAAGAUGCUAUUUUAGAAAAAUGUGGUGAAAAUUGUAAAAUUAUUCAUAUUGGUAUCGAUAAAGAAACGUGUUGUGUUUAUGUCAAAUGCGCCUCAGAAAAAGAUGCUGGUAUAGCUUAUCGUAAUUUGCAUGGAUGGUGGUAUGACGGAAAAUUAAUAACAGUAAAAUAUUUACGAUUGGAACGAUACUUAGGACGAUUUCCAGAUUCACGGUCUAGUGGGCCUUACUUAAAACCAUCCAAUAACAAGAAACUAUCAUUACAAAAUGAUUGGUCAAGUAACAAUGAAGACAAUUAAAAUCAUCUACAUUUCCUCCGUAUUAUGGAAGAUUUUAAAAAUAUUUUUUCAUCGAUACAUACAUAUAAAUCAUUUUAAAAAUAUAUAUAUCACAAUUUUCAUCGAGACCCCCUUUCUUAUAUAUAUUUCUACGACCAAUUAUCGAUAAUAAAACGAAA